CUUUAUUAUUGAUUAAUCGUGUGUGUACAAAGAAUGGCUUUAUUCGUUUUAUUUAUCAACAACAAAUGAAUCAAGUCAGAUCAUCGGUUGAUGAAUUCAAUUGAAAUCAUUCAUAUCUUCUGCAAUGAGGUUGUAUUACGUUUUGAACACUAGAUGGUACUACCUGGAAUUUGAGUAUCGAUUUUUAAAAAUUACUUUUUGUUUACUGAUUGUUUUGGUUUUUUUCAUGUAGAUGAUUAGCAAUAGGGAACAUUAACAUUUCUAUUGUGCCCAAAUAUUGAAAUUGAAAUUGAAAUCACAGGUGCAUGAGUUCAUCGAAUGGGAUAUCUCCUUAGUGAUACUUCCGAUAUGAUGUCGAUUCGCGAUUGAUUGAAAUAUUGCAAACGAUAAACAUGGAAACACCUGGCAGUUGUAAAGUUAAAUGAAUGAAUGGGUGAAUAUUAUAUUCAACAACCUACAACAUAUCACCGGUAUAUAUGACAAAUGAAAGUGAGAGAGAAUGGAAAGUCAGAACUGUAAUCACGCAUAUAAUGAUGAACGUGUGGUCGUCACAUCAACCAGAAAAACGUAACGGCAUAAAAUCAAACAAAACCAAAAACAAUCAAAUAACGUACACAAAAGAGAAGAUUUCCUUCCACCGACACUAAAUCCAAUGAAAGUGCUGGACAAAAUAUAAAAAAUUAUACCAUUUGUCUGUAUCUCUGUAUUUUAAUUGUUUGGUAACCAUCGUAUUAUCACCACCACCACCACCACUAUUGUUGUUUGUUAUAUACUCGAUCAUUCAUCCGGCAAUCAAAUCAUACAAUAUCAAUAUAUUGAUGAUGAUGAUGGUGGCCAAAUCUAUAUUUGCAAAAUGUGCACGGAUUUCACGAUGAUGACAAUUUAUUAGGAUUAAAACAAACGUAAUCAACCAAUCGUCAAUGGUGGUAUGUAUGUAUACUCUAAAUUUCGAAAGACCUGACUGAGAAUGAUCAAAUGAACGAAAAUCUCAUCAUCAUUGUGUGCAAUUUCAAUUUUUCGCACGCACACACCGAUAUGAAAUUCUGCAAUGUCUGUUCCAGAAACAAAACAACGUCGUCUCUGCUUUAUUACUUUCUGCAUUGCUAUUCGAUACAUUAUUGCUGAUUGGGCGGCGGGAAAUUCCCCAUGCACACAUGAAAUCCUUCAAUUUAUUCUGAUUAAUCUUUUUUUCCUAUGAUAGAAAGUUAUGUGAUUCUGGUUCUAUACUAUCAAGAAAAGAUGACGCCCAAGAUUCAAAUUAUUAUUCAAUAUUUUGUCUUCUCCAUAAUUCGAGAAGAAAAUUCCUAAUUAAAAUUUUCGUUUUCGUUUUCAAUCGACCGAAUUACAGCUGCUCACCAUCAUCAUGGUAUGAACAACCAAUUUAUUUUUACACAUAUCAUUUGUUUAUACCUUUUGAGAGAAACUUUAUCAUUCAAAGAUGAUAUGAUCAUCAAUUUUUUUCUCCCGUUAUCAUCAGUCAUUCAUCGUCAUUUUUUUCUCAUGUUUACCAAUGAUUGUCAAGCAUCGUCAUUAUGGUUGUUAUUGUUGUCCACAAAAUACUUAAAUAUCAUCUGAUCAUCUGAUAUAUUCUUUGCCGUGAAAAACCAAAACAGGUUCACCUAGCCUGACGAAAAAUCGUUAUCAUCAUCAUCAUUAUGAAUGAAUAAAUGAAUGAAUGAAAGGUGGACAUAUUGCAAUCACAAGACAUUUAUCUUCAUUUCAGUCUUUAUCGGUGGUGAUGUAUUUUUUCCUUCUAAAACAUUUCACUUUAUCAGAACUGUUUCCUAGUUAAUGAUUUAAUUUUAUCGUUAUUUUUUUCUCCAUUACAGUUGGAAGGAAUUUAAUCCGUACGAUCUCAUCAAUAUAUAGUUUGUCUGUGCGAAUUGUGAAUUGAUUUCAAAUCCUUUUCUGUCAAUUGUCAAUCGAGGACACAAAAACAAAGCAGAACAAACGAACCAAUUUUUGUUUUCUUCUUUUUUAUCAUUAUCUAACCUGCCUGGUAGAUUUGAUGAUCAUGCACAUUUUCUAUUAUCAACCAUUUGGAACCUGUUUUUUCCCUUCAUUCUUGCCAUGUGUGUGUGUGUGUAUUUGACCACCACCGCUGCUACCGCAACAACAACAACAACAACGAAAAUUGAAGAACAAGAACACUCUAAUACCUCAGAUUUGUCACCAUUAACAACAGCGAACUUGCCAAAACAAGAUAAAAACCGAAACUGUAAACGAAACGAAAAAUGCCUCGAAUUCGGACAUUAACGACGGUUCUAUUUUUGAUUAUCGUGCCUAGUCUAUUUAUUUAUUAUUUCUAUUAUGAUUCUGUAUCAUCAUCGAUAAUUACCCGAUAUCAGCCAUCAAGCAGUACUGAAUAUGUACAACAAUUAAUUGAUGGUGAUGGUGCUCAACAACCACCAUCAUCACUACCUCAACAACAACAACAACUACCACCAAUGGACGAUCCACAGCAUAAGUAUGCUGCCGUUUGGAGACAUGCGACCAAUAUUUAUAAUCAUCCAGCAUCAAAUGUUCAAAAUGAUUCUUCAACCUCAUCAUCUUUAUUGAGAUCAUCGGCUACAAUGCUCGAGAAUCUGCUCAAUCGUAAUCGAGAACGUGAAUUUACUUAUGCUCAAAUUACACCGCCAUCAAUGCCAUCUCCGAAUGAAACAAUGGAUCCAGAUCCUGAAAUUGAAAGUCAUCGACAAUUUGUUAAAAAGAUGAUGAAAGAGGCUUGGGACAAUUAUGUGCUUUAUGCUUGGGGAUAUAAUGAACUACAGCCACAGUCACGUAAUAAAAAAAUGGAUUCGAUUUUUGGUCCAACCAAACUGGGCCUUACAAUUGUCGAUUCAAUGGACACAUUGUUUCUGAUGGACAUGAAACAGGAAUUUGAACUGGGUCGCCAGUGGGUGGCACAAGAAUUAGAUUUUGAAUCCACACCAACUGAAACAUCAGUGUUUGAAACAAUCAUUCGUUAUGUUGGUGGCCUGUUAACCUGUUUUGCUUUGACUGGUGAUCCAAUGUUUCUAUACAAAUCUCGCCAAGUUGCUCAAGCUUUAUUACCUGCAUACAAUACUGCCACUGGUAUUCCAAACGGUUUAAUCAUUCCGAAAACUGGCAAAGCUUAUCACCAUACAUGGGCUAGUGGUGCUAUAUUAUCUGAAUUCGGAUCACAUCAUUUGGAAUAUACAUAUCUAAGUGAUAUGACAGGUGACCGGCGUUUUCAUGAUCGUGUCAAACGAAUCCGAUCUGUUUUGAACAAUGCCGAAAAACCAAAUGGCCUCUAUCUAUUGAUGUUGGAUGAAGAAACCGGUCGUUGGACCGAUAAUAAAGUAUCAUUAGGUGCACUUGGUGAUAGUUUCUACGAAUAUCUCAUCAAAGCGUAUGUUCAAUCUGGUCAUCGUGAUCGGCAAGCCUUACAGAUGUACACUGACGCUAUGGAUGCAAUCGAUCGUUCUGGAAUGAUCAAUCAAUCAGCUUCAGGCCAUUUGACUUAUGUUUCUGACUUGGUGUUUGGAAAACCAACUAAUAAAAUGCAACAUUUGACCUGUUUUGCCGGUGGAAUGUACAUGUUGGGCGUUCAUCAUAUGGCCGGCAACUCUGCUGUAGGAAUCGAUAUUCCAGACAAUGUUGUACGUGAUGAUAGUGCGCCAAAAACUUUAGCCAAUCUGACAGCUGCCGAAUAUAGUCGACUACAACGGCAUUUUGGUUUGGCUGUUAAUCUCACCGAAACCUGUUAUCAAUCAUAUCAUCGAACACCGACACAUUUGGGGCCAGAAUCAUUCUACUUUAACGAAAAAGUUGAAGCCAUUAAUCCGAAUGGAGAUUAUUACAUUCUUAGGCCUGAAGUUAUUGAAAGUUAUUUUAUCAUGUGGCGAUUAACACAUGACAAUCGAUAUCGAGAAUAUGCAUGGGAAGCUGCACAGGCAAUUUAUGAACAUUGUCGAACAGAAUCCGGUUAUGCAGGCAUAUAUAAUGUGAUGCACAAACCAGCCAUCAAGGACAAUACUCAGCAAAGUUUUUUCCUGGCCGAAACACUCAAAUAUUUAUAUCUUAUUUUUUCCAAUGAUAAAUUGCUAUCAUUGGAUGAAUGGGUUUUCAAUACUGAAGCUCAUCCGCUGCCAAUAUGUGGUCAUAAUUCGGCAUAUCCUGCCUCUACUUGCAUCAACAAUAAUAAUAAUAAUAAUAAUGGCCGAACCUAGCAUUCAUUCAGAUCAAGUCUGAAUUUUGAAUAAUUGUGAUAUUUCUCAUUAUAAAUGAUGAUGAUGAUAUGAUAUUUGUAAUU